AUGGUUCAACAACUCAGUUUGUUCUCUGUAAUAGAUGAUGGGUCAUACGAUCUGUGCAUUUCGACGCUUUCAGCACUUUCUGGCUUGCCUCCAAUCAUUUUCAGCAAUUUCAGCAUGGUAUCGAUGCCCAAUCAAUCUUAUGACAUCGAACGUGUAAAUUCUAAAAACCAAUUAAUAGAGCAAUGCAGAAUCAAAGCUUGUUGCCCUGUACCACUGGAUCGAUUGCUAGCAAACGAUGUACCUAAAGAUUACAAAGCCAUGAAGAAGCUUCAAGAAGAUGAUAUCAGUGGGUUCGAUAUGCCAUAUUUCCAAAAUUUACUUGCCAAAGCUCAAGAUCCCGAUGCCAUGCUAACCGACGACUCAGAUGAAUCCCAAGUAAGUUGGACUUUGAGCAUUUCGGAUAUUCCUUCGGCGGGGAACAAUAGAAAAGUGUCCAUGCAGACAAUAACGGAAUCGACAGUAGCAUCCAUCGGUGGAACUUCAACGUCGAUAUUGUCAUUUCUGACCCAAUUAGGCUACGUUCAAGAUUUCCAGCAUCUUACCGCUGGUGUAAAAUAUAACAUGUCGCAUGGUGUGGUUCUGGAACUCUCAAAAGUAUGGAAAAUUCACGACGGCAAGACCACUCAGAUAACUAAAGGCGGAUAUUUGGUAAAGGCUUACGUUAAUGUACAAAAGGGUACCGACAUAAAACGAAUAAAUCGAGGUGUUCAAUCACUGUGUGCUCUUCAGAAAGAACUCAACGGUUACAUCGAUCUUGAAGUUCCGGAUCGAAAAGCUAUGGACUCUCGCAUAGAUAACCUUGAUACGCUUUAA